UACGUAGUGUUGCGUACCUGUCCUCCGUGAAUACAGACUGCUUAUCUGAAUUGCGCAACAUCCGCAAGCGGUGCAGUCUGGGGUUCUGCUGCACAACAGGGCUGGCGCAACUGGCUAGCUAGCUGACCACUUGAAAUGGACGUGUUCUUAAUGAUCCGGCGUCACAAGACCACAAUCUUCACAGAUGCCAAGGAGUCCACCACAGUCUAUGAGCUGAAGCGCAUUGUUGAAGGAAUUCUUAAGAGAACACCUGAAGACCAGAGGCUCUACAAAGAUGACCAGUUGCUAGAGGACAGCAAAACUCUUGGUGACUGUGGAUUCACCAACCAGACUGCCAGACCUCAAGCCCCAGCUACAGUUGGUCUGGCCUUCCGCAUAAAUGAUGAGAUGUUCGAACAGAUGCACGCCGAGGCCUUCUCCAGCCCCCCAGAACUCCCUGAUGUGAUGAAGCCUCAAGACUCUGGUAGCACUGCCAACGAACAGGCUGUGCAGUGAUGACAGGCAGAGGAAACGAGCAAUGGCGAGAAGGAUGGAAGUGUGUGUGUGUGUGUGUGUGUGUGUGUGUGUGAAUUAACUGCAGUGGAGAAGUAGCAGGGUGGAGGAUAUGUAAUAUAAUUUCAGUUGAUGGAUGGGGACAUUCUAGGUAACCAAGCCUAUCCAUGUUACCUUCAUGCUGUCAUCCCAGCAUCCCCCCCAAUUUGCUUCACAAAUCUUUUUUUUACUCUUUAUGAUUUCCACAUCACAUGCGGUUCUGCUCCUUGACUUUGCUCUUAAGCACCAACUGGCUCAAACCUUUUGAGUGAAUAAGUUGGUUUGGAAACUGUGUGUAUGUGCGUGUGUGUGUGUGUGUGUGUGAGUUAUUAUAAUUAUUAUCAAUAAUAUUUUGGAAAAGGUGAAGGUGUAGUUGUGUGUCACAGUGCUCUAGAAGUAACAUGCAUAGGUAAGGAGUCCGGUGUCUGAAUCGAUAAACUGCAUGAAGUUCAAAACAAAGGCUUUAUUUUCACAGAAACAGAUAAACUUUCAACUGAUAAGUUUCCUUGGUCGGAUUCUCCCAGUUUUGUUGUACAUUUCUGAUUUGAUUUCAUACCAGGAAAGAAAGUCUUUAUAAUCAUUAUGUUCAGUUUUUUUGUUGUCAUUUUGUUUUUUCAGUGUGUUUUACUUGUCAGUUGUUGUAUGUUUCAUGCACUGAGACCAAAGGCCGGUACCUCUUUGACACCAGAGGGAUUUUUUUGGUCAAAGGAAAUUUUGUCUUUGAGAUACAAUAUUCACAGGAGGGGAGUUUUCUGGUGUUAAAACUUAAGUUUUGAAAAAUGCAUACAUCACCACGUCAACAACAUUAAUGUGGCACCCUCCCCUAAUCACACAAACAUAGCCUGUAACUGUGAGCUUGCUUGAUUAAAAGUUUUUCCUGUUUUGUUUUUUA